AUGUCUUCGAAACUGAGUGGAUUUCUUUUUGGGAAUGUCGAUGCUGAAGGACAUUUGGAAGAUUCGGGACUUGGCGAGGAACUUCGAGAUUCGCUCCAAAAGGGAGCUGAAGAAGGAGCUGUUCUUAGUCAAAUAUUCUCAGUCCAAUCGUUAGGAAUUGAGGAAAUGGAAGAUGAGGAAGCAGCUCAAAGUGAGGCAUCUGUUCCAACCCCAGUUCGUUCGCCAGAGGAAUCGAGUAUCCGACCAACGGAAGAUGCUAUCGACUACUUUGACACAAAUGAAGUCAUUGCCGAUCCAAUUUUUUCAUACAAAUACUAUCAACAAGGAAUAAAUAGCGUCCGGAAUUUUCAAAAGUCGUCAAUACAGUCCUCACAGUUGAGUCAAAUUACUGAUGACAGUAACAAUUAUGAUGAAGAAGAGAUCAAGGACGUUCAAAUUUCACAGAUUAAUCCACCCGUCGAAGUAGCAUCAAUGGAAAAUAAUUAUCCCGCAUCAGAUCAAACUUUAUCAUUGACGAUGCAAAAUUCUGUAAUUGAUAUCAAAACUUUAUACCCAGCAUUUGAAAAAGACAAGAUCUUAAAGUUUUCCGAAUUAUUUGCAAACAAAGCUAGAAGUAGAAAGUUAAACCCCGUGAGUCGACAUGCGGUGGAAAAAAAAUCAUCUUUCAAAUUUGAGCUGGAUGACAUGGAAUUGUUUGAAUCUUCUAGUCAACAAGCAACAAGAAUCGGAAAAUUACAUGUCGACGAUGUUAUCCGGAGCAAAAAGUACACGGAAGAUUCGAUACCCUAUGUUUCUCAUGAAAGCGACAUAGAUUCCGAAUUCAAUAUUGAUGUUG